GAAAUAGCCUGAUGUAAAUGAUUGGAGCAAAAUUUCAAACAAUAUAUUUUUGGUAACAAUAUGUGGUGUGUAUCUUCUAGCCUCGUCCAUGGAACACUACUACAAAGUUUCAAUCUUACAUUAGUACUCUUUAGCUGAUCAUCCAUCUUAUCACCACUUACAGAUUCGUCACAAUUUUCUCUGUCAACAGUACCCUAAAACAUGUAUAAAAAUUGUAUCACUCUAUGUCUUCGCUAUAGACUCUCAGUAAAAGCCACCAACCUUUUCAAGUUCAACUGAGGACUGAUCAGCUUCUGAAUUAAUGGAAGAUGCAUUUUCAUCUCCAGGACCAUCGAAGGAAUUGUCAUUUUCGUCAUUACCAGUUAUUUCCAUGCAGUCAAUUGUAUCAUGGGAGCAGUUUUCAAUUCGCGGGUCGUUACCUUUUAGUAUAUGUGUUGUAUCAAUUUUAUUCGUAUCUGUUGUUAGAAAUCGGCUACCGGAAGCUUUCUUCCCGCACGACGUUUUUGCCUGAAAAUAUUCAUGCUUCAUGCAUUUCAUUUAAUAAUUAAUGUAUAAUUUUAUUGCUCACCUUUUUUGUGUAUUUUGUAUCGCGCCAAUGCUGCAUAAAGUAGAAAUGACGCGGCUUCCGAGCCAUGUUAUUGUUGUGUUAACUUUUUUUGAAAAUUCACAAACUAAAUUUUUCCAAAAUCUUUUUGAACUAUCUAGACCAGGGGGGGAUCUAUCUGUCAAACAUCGUGUAACCAACAUAUUCGGCAACAUGGUGUUUGUUUUGGUUUUUGUUCUUUUUGGUUAUGAAAUUGAUCGAUGUGAAAUAUUAUAGAAUAUUAACGUUUUUUUAUCAAAACUCGAGAAACCGCGGAAAACUUUUAUGAAUGUGUUGUGUAGUGAUUUUUUCCUCAUUAUCGUUCAUAGUUACAAACGUCACGGACCAACAAACGUCAUGGACCAGAGCUGAUCUGCAAUAACGCACACAUAUAUGAAAUUUGACAGCAGUGAAUCCCCUCUGAUCUAGACUCAACGAUGCAAAUUUUGCAAAACAACAGAAACAACAACGGAUCCAGAGAGGCCAGAUCAGAGGGGAUUCACUGCUGUCAAAUUUCAUAUAUGUGUGCGUUAUCGCAGAUCAGCUCUGGUCCAUGACGUUUGUAACUAUGAACGAUAAUGGGGAAAAAAUCACUACACAACACAUUCAUAAAAGUUUUCCGCGGUUUCUCGAGUUUUGAUAAAAAAAACGUUAAUAUUCUAUAAUAUUUCACAUCGAUCAAUUUCAUAACCAAAAAGAACAAAAACCAAAACAAACACCAUGUUGCCGAAUAUGUUGGUUACACGAUGUUUGACAGAUAGAUCCCCCCUGGGCCAGAUGAUUUUUGAAAUGUUUUCGCCCAGAUAAAAAACAAAUCUAACCACAAACUUCACUCGCUUAUCUAAAGCAGGUAUUAGACGAAGCAAAUUUUUGGCACGGAUUUUAUUUACACAAAAUAAAAUCCGUACUAAUAAUAGCAAAUAUUUGCUUCGUGUAAUACCUGCUUAAAAGAUAAAAACGGAUCAACUAGAAAUACUCAAAAAAUCGCCAACUUGGCAACAGGGUUUCACAUGUCAGAGGUGCCAGAUAUCUUCUCGAAACGCAAUGUUGAAAAACUUUUUCAUUCGACUCAUAUUAUCGAUGAUGACGAUGAAAGUCCCGAGGAAUAAUACAGUGCAUCGCAAAACCUAUGAAGGUGUCAGGUUUUUUGUUUAUGCCUAAUUUUAUACACUUUAUUUUGUUAACUGUACAAAAGGUUUGUGAACCUCAGGUUAAAAUUCACUGUGAGAAAUCAGUUUUGGAGCAUUCUUAGACCAUUGGUAAGCAAUAGAACACGGAAAUUGCAUAAAAAUCAACACGUCCUAUAUUGUAACUGAUUGCAAUACCUCUCAAUAUAGUGUUACCUUUCUCAUUCGUUUGGUUCGGAUUUUGACAGUUCGUUUGGCUUAGAUUUUGAUAGUUCAUUUGGCUCACAGAAGCGUUGCCUUUUCUAAAAACCUUCACUAGUAUCAAUAACACUGGUAGCCUAGGGGCUUGACACUAUUGAUAUAUGUGCAAGUAACUAUUGAUAUAUUUACAAAGUAUUUACCGUUGCAUUUUCGGGCACUCCUCUAUCUAUACCGAAACUUCUUGACGUCACAUUAUCGUCGGUGUGAUGUCAAAUAUGACAGAUAAACGAUAAGUAUUAAAAUAUUUCAACCGAUAUCGUAUAAUAUUACCGAAAUAUUUCUCAAGAACAUAAAGGUGUCUAGCCCCUAGGCCUGAGCAAUUACCACCAAACUGGCAACUGUGGACAUCAAUCAAUAUUCAUUAUAUUUGUGAACAGAAGCAAAAGCAGGUGCGUUAGCUAAUGUCCCGUUUAAAGUAAAGUUUUCAGUGUUUAGUGCGGUUAAGUGAUAUUCAUACGAUGGGCAAAACUCGCUCAAAAUACAUUUCUGCUGUUGCAAAAAGACUGCAGGCAGCGGCAAAUGACAAAAAUUUAAUGUUUUUAGCGGAUUCACAGGCUAAAAAUGUAUUUGUUUCUGAGAAGAAAAGUGGAGCAACGAACAAAAUGGCUACUAAGAUUGGUUCUCCAGAACCGACUAGCUCUUCAAAAAUGAAGCACGAAUUGAGAAAACAUGAAAAAGUAGCAUUGAGCCGUCGACAGUUAUAUUCCUCAGACUACGCAAAACACGAUUCAAAAGAAUAUAUUGAUUUCGAGAAAAACAAAAAACUGGUGGUAGCCCUCAAACCAACAGAUAAUGAAUUCAAACCUACACCUAAAUUCCAACAUCCUGGAACUUCCGUAUCGAAGGAGCUGAAAUCCGAACUUCGUCAAACAACAGUUCCGAGACAAUUUGUUUCACCCGAGAUUUGUCCCCACAAACAACAAAAUAAAGAUAAAACUGAUUUGGCUGAUGAAUCCAUUAUGAGCAAUGACUCAGUUGACCUGUCCAACACUGACAGUGAUACUGGAGCAGAGAAUCAUCAUGGUGAAGCAAACCAAUCAAAAAUGGAUCGCGUGAUUAGACAGAACACAGUUUUAAAAAGACAAAACAACAAACUUAAACGUAGCUACAGCCAGGCGAUGGAUCGCAUCUUCAGGUUAACUGACAUUCUCAAUGCUAAAGUUUGCGGGGAGCCCACGGACAUGGUUUUCACGGAAGUGCUUUGGUACCCCGAAAGAGUGACCCUAAGGCGAUUCUCGGAGGCCACAACGAGCGGGGUCUACUACGAAAGGCUGAAACUCAAAAGGCUGAAAUUCGAAAGGCUGAAAUCACGAAAGGCUGAAAACUACAUAAGGCUGAAAACACGAAAGGCUGAAAACACGAAAGGCUGAAUCACAAAAAGCUGAAAAUCAUAAGGCUGAAAUUCACAAAGUUCAUUUCUAAAAGAACACUCGCGGCCUACGGCCGACUCGAUUGUCCGAGAUGUAUGCUGUCCUUACUCGCUAUCGCUCGUUCGGACUAAACUAGGGGAUCACCCCUACGAGUCAGUAGACCUAGGAAAACGAACGAACCUAUACAGAGGUGAUUUCUGCGGGGGGCUGCCCCCCCGCAGUGGCCGGCGCUUCCGACGGCGGGUCGCCGGCGUACACGAGUCAAGUGUGUAUAGAUUCAAAUGUUGCCGAAAAUUAACUUUGCAUUGCACGAACCAAUUGAUACGCAAGCAUUGAACUCUGUCACUUUAUAAAGGUUUGUUAUCCAUGUGUCCGAAUUUUUCAACGAUUAUGAUUCAAGUUACAAAAGUUUCAGCCUUUCAUGUUUCAGCCUUUCGUUCAUUCAGCCUUUUGUGGUUUCAGCCUUUUGUGCAUUCAGCCUUUCGUUAUGAAACAUACUUUUCAGCCUUUCGAGUUUCAGCCUUUCGGGUUUCAGCCUUUCGGGUUUCAGCCUUUUGAGUUCAGCCUUUCGUUACCAACCCCAACGAGCGACUUUAUUUUUGUAAAGCUAUUGAUGAAGGAGCUGUGGCCAAUAGGUUUUAAAAAUAGAUCAGUAAGUGGCCGUGCUUCAAAUAACCCGCAUGGCCGCCCAUCUCAAAAAAAUACUGUUAAAGAGACAGAACAGGUGUCACGACGCGAGCCACUGACACCUGAAAAGGUUAAAUACGUAAAAGAUCGUUUGAUUGAACAUCGAGUAUUUCUAGGAGAUCCUCCCGCAAUUGCCAAACAGCGAGCAGAUGAAUGUGGCCGACUAAUGACUCGCGUAGUAUCGUACUAUGGUGCUACAUAAGCAAUCUACUGUUACUGUAUUCUGGAACUGGAGUUUUCCUAUAGAUAAUUGCCAUUGAUAUUACCUUAUUUGUAAACAAGUCUGCAAUGAAUCUAACUUUAAUAUUGUUAUAUUUAAUGAAACUUUCGUAGAAUUUCUUAAGCUAUUAACAUUUAUACAUUGCUACAUUGAAUAAUAAGAUAAUACUUGUAUAGUUUCUUAUGCGAUAUUUACGUUUAU